UGAUUAAACUUUUUAUUCAUGUUGAAAAAUAAAGAGAUAUAUAGUAAGGUCCAAUGAUUAUUUGAUAUAAUUUACUGAAUAUAAUUAAAUAUGUGUCAACCAAUAUACUGUGCAUUCCUAAAGCAAACAGUAAAAGUUUCAUUAAACUAGAAAGAAAAGUUUCAUUUAACAAACCAGUUAGGUCAAUUUAUUCAGUCCAUGAUAUCAUGCUGCUGGCAAUCUUUAAGGAAAUUCUGAAGAAUUUAAGUGGAACUCUAAAACACUGACACUAUGCAGUCUUGUAUUCAGCCACACCCGCUGCAUUAGGGAAAGGGGUAAUAGUAUCUUGGUCCACCCCCUUAGGCAUUCCAUCUAGUCCCUCCCCCAUUUGUCCAAAUAAAAAAGACAGGGGUCGUGUUCUCCUCACUCAUCCGCUCGCUCAUUCUCCAGCCAUUCUCCAGUUGAGAACGACAGCAAGCCUCCUCCAAAAUGAUGACUUCUUCUUCUUCCAGCCGCACCUACAUGUCUUCAGGAGGUUCUUCUCACUUUGGUGGUGGAGCAGGUCGUGUCACAGCCAUGCGUGCCGGUAGUGUGUAUGGAGGAGCAGGGGGAAGUGGAGUCCGUAUCUCUAGUGCCUCUGCUCAUCGUUCCUUCUCUGCUGGUGCCGGUGCCGGUGCUGGUUUUGGAGGUGGUUUCAACUUGGCUGAUGCCAUUGAUGUGUCCGCAAAUGAGAAAGCCACCAUGCAAAACCUCAAUGACCGUCUGGCCUCCUACCUGGAGAAGGUGCGCUCUCUCGAGAAGGCUAAUGCUGAUCUUGAGCUGAAGAUCCGGCAGUUCAUGGAGAGCAGGAUGGGCCCCUCUGCUCGUGACUACAGCGCCUACUAUGCUACAAUCAGUGACCUCCAGGGCAAGAUCCAGGCUGCCACACGUUUAAAUGGAGGCAUCUACCUGAGCAUUGACAACGCCAAGCUGGCUACUGAUGACUUCAGGGUCAAAUAUGAGAAUGAGCUGAGCAUGAAGCAGUCUGUAGAGGCAGACAUUGCUGGCCUGAGGAGGGUGCUGGAUGAGCUGACAAUGUCAAGAUCUGAUCUGGAAAUGCAGAUUGAGGGUCUAAAAGAAGAGCUGAUCUUCCUCAAGAAGAACCACGAGGAGGAACUCUUGGCAGCUCGCUCCCAGAUGAGCGGACAGGUCAAUGUGGAGAUAGAUGCAGCCCCACAGGAAGACCUGACAAAGGUCAUGGCUGAAAUACGUGAGCACUACGAAGCCGUUGCUGCCAAAAACCGCAAAGAACUUGAGACUUGGUUCAAGUCUAAGAGUGAAGCCCUCAGCAAGGAAGUUGCCGUGAGCACAGAAACCCUCCAAACAUCCCGAUCUGAAAUCACCGAGGUUAAACGCACGCUCCAAAGUCUUGAAAUCGAGCUACAAUCACAACUCAGUAUGAAAGCAUCGUUGGAAGGCACUUUGGCAGACACACAGGCCCGCUACGCUUCCAUGUUGUCCAGCUACCAGCUCCAGGUCACCAGCCUGGAAGAGCAGCUGAUGCAGCUUCGUGCCGAUCUGGAGCGUCAAGGGCAAGAGUAUAAGAUGCUUCUGGACAUCAAGACCAGACUAGAAAUUGAGAUUGCAGAGUACAGAAGACUGCUGGAUGGAGAGGCUACUAGCCUCUCUGUUUCAAGCACAAGCUCAUCCUCGACUACACGCAAAGUGGUAACCAUUGUGGAAGAGGUUGUGGACGGCAAAGUGGUCAGCUCGUCCUCCCAGUCUAAAAGCGAGGUUGUGUCUCAGAAGCUCUCUUGAGCAAAAACAACAACACUUCGAGUUAUGAAAAACCAAUAAACUGCACUAACGGUGCUCUAACUCUGCA